AACUAUUUAAGUCACAAUCAAGUUGUCUAAAUUCUAGUUUUAAACAAAUCCGGCAAUGUCUCCUCCCGUUGCGUCUUUUAAAGUAGAAGGCUCUGAAACCACGGGCAUGGUUAUCCCGGUGUCUAAAGGCACGUAUUUCAACACGAACUGGGUGCCGAAGCAAGUCCCGUUAUGCCCAUACGACAUGUUGUACCACCCUCCAGACUAUAACCCUAAGGCCGCCCGAUCCGACCGUCAGGAACCUAAGAUCAUAAGGAGAAAUAUAUGGGACCAGGAAUAUCACAAAGGCAUACCUUCAACAACGCAUUUCAUCCUCGGCCGACCGAAGUGGAAAAUCGCCGAUGUUCCAACUAAGGAGUUUGUUAAAAUACAAGUGAAAAACGAGAAUCCCCACACCCGGAUUUACAACGUGCUAGAGUGGGCCAUUCUACUCAACGAAGGAAAAGCACUUUGCGAAUAAAUCUACUAAUACAUCAUAGCCGAUGUAAUGAAUGCCAGAAGUCACUUCAACCCUG